AAACCAUAAGACUGCACUGAACAUAACGAACCACUGUGUAAUGUAGUAAUAGUUAGAUAUAGUUAUGCAAUCUCAUUGGAAGUGCCACUCCCUCAACCUGUGCUUUAUUGUAAAUAGAAUGUCAGUCCCGCUUCUCCUACGAGAACGAGAAGAGCCUGCGUGCUGUGUAGCUAUUGUGUAUAUGUACAUAAAAUGUCAAGAUCCAUCAAAGAGCUUAAUAUCCAUUAUGACCCCAUUAACGAAAGCAAUAUUUUUAGUAGUGGGGACAUUGUGGAGGGGCGAGUUGUUUUGGAAGUGACCAAAGAAAUAAAGGUGGAUCAUUUUUUUGUGAAGCUGACGGGAGACGCGAACGUGAGCUGGACUGAAGGAUCAGGCGAUGACCGAAAAACCUACAGCGACCAUGAGAGAUACUUCAAACUAAAGCAAUACUUCAUUCAAGAGAGCUCGAAAGAAGGACAAAGUGAAAAGAAUACCACUCUUGUAAUUGGAGAGACUUAUGGACCAGUGAUUAGACCAGGAAGUCAUGUUUUUCCAUUCAGAUUUCAGCUGCCUCAACAAAAUAUGCCUUCAUCUUUUAAAGGAUAUUAUGGCUCGGUUAAGUACGUCAUAACAGUAAAGCUGAAGAGGCCAUGGAAGUCAUCAUCUACUACAUGUACAGAAUUAUCCUUUUUGCCCAGGAAUGAUGGGACCAAUGAUCAUUUACUGCAACCACUAUCUGGCACAGAAGAAAAGAAGAUGACAUUUUUUGGCUCAGGAAAAAUGUCAAUGACAGCGACAACAGACAAAACUGGCUAUAUGCAAGGUGAAACAAUCCGAGUUUCUGUUGAUGUUGACAACUCUUCAUCUCGUAACGUCAAGCUAAAGUACAGCCUCAUGCAGAAACAGACGUUCAAGGCUGAAGGGAGAACUAAUAAUACAUUUAAGGAUAUAGUCAAAGAAACUAAAGAUCGCAUCCCAUCUGGAAAAAAGACAAAAUUCAUAGUGGACAUGAACCUUCCACGUGACCUGACUGUCACCAUUGAAAACUGCAGAAUUAUAAAAGUGCAGUAUGAACUCAAGGUCUAUCUGGAUGUGUCUUUCGCCUUCGAUCCAACAGUCAAAUUUCCUGUGGUUAUUCUUCCAGCUGACCAACAAUGUCCUCCCUGUCAAGGCCCACCUGUAGGAUUCCAGCCAUAUCUGCCACCUCAGCCUAACCUUGUGCCCUGUCCUGCUGGACAACCACCUCCAUGUGCAGAACUUUACCCCAAUCUGUAUGACCCUACAGCUCUACCCCAUCCAGGAGCUGCUGCAGGGGUUUAUCCAGAUCCAAAUGCCAUGCUGCCUGGUUUCCAUCCGACUCCAUCUGCACCAGUUUAUGAUCCAAAUCAAAGCACUAAAGAAUCCUUUCCUAAUGUGCCUUAUUAGUCUCCUUCACCAGACAAACUUCUGACUACCACUUAUGAUGUGUCAAUUAUAACUUCAUGGUUUUAUCUGCAUGAAUUCAAGCUUGGUGCCUAUUACUGUGCCUUUUAAACUUAGCACUUUUCUUAAAGGGUUAGUUCAUUGUCAUUAAUUACUCACCUUCAUGUCAUUCCAAACCCAGUAAGACCUUCAUAAAAUUAAGGUUGAACCACUGUAGUCACAUGGACUAUUUUAACGAUGUCUUUACUACCUUUCUGGGCCUUGAAAGUAAUAGUUGCUUUGUUCUCUAUAGAGGGACAGAAAGCUCUCGGAUUUCAUCAAAAAUAUCUUAAUUUGUGUUCUGAAGAUGAACGAAGGUCUUAGGGUUUGGAACGACAUGAGGGUUAGUAAUUAAAGAAAGAAUUUUUCAUUUUUGCGUGAACUAACCCUUUAAUUUUACAGGGAAUGUACAGUAUAAUCUUCAGUUUUUGAGAUGUCAAGGUUUUUUUGGCCUUUGUAGUUCACUGUUCAGUUCCCCCUUUUCCCCUGUGCUCCAAAAUCACAGGUCUAAAAACUUUUCUAUCCUUUAUUGCAAUACAAAAACAUUUUUAAAAAUAUAGCUGAUCACUCCUACUGAAACUUAUUUUGCUGAUAGUACUGCACUUGUAUUGAUAAUGUGUUCAAAUUAGAGGAUAUUGCAGCUUUUUCUUAGUACUAGAUUUGCGGUUUUGACCUCCCUCCAUGAAAUUAUAGAUUAUAAUUGCUGCAAAAAUGUUACAUGCUUGUUUGAGUUUCUUACCAAAGUUAUGAUUAUUGCAUGAAAUGUUGGUUACUCAAGAGUCAAAUGCAAAGUAUCGAAUAAAGGUAUAACAACACAGA